UCGGCCGUUCCUGGAAGGUCAUGUGCACGGUUCUAAAGGACGAAGACCUGGAAGUCUCCCUCCUCCUGGAGGAUGGCACCAUCCUCCCAGGAAGGAGCUUCGGGGCGGUGGUCCCUGUCGACGGGGAAGUCGUUUUCCAAACUGGCAUGGUGGGGUACUCGGAGUCCCUGACGGAUCCCUCGUAUCAUGCCCAAAUUUUGGUCCUCACGUAUCCACUGAUCGGGAAUUAUGGAGUCCCUGGCGAUGAGACGGACGAGUACGACUUGCCAUGCUGGUUCGAGUCGAACCGAAUUUGGGCAGCUGGUCUCAUCGUCGGGGAGCUCAGCGAGACCCCCAGCCACUGGCGGAGCACCAGGACCUUGUCUCAGUGGAUGAAGGAACGAAAUGUCCCAGGGAUUCGAGAAAUCGACACUCGAGCCUUGACCAAGAUCAUCCGGGAGAAAGGCUCCGUCCUGGGGAGGAUAGUUUAUGGGGAACCAUACGCCGUAUCUUUACUCUUGACCCCACCGAUCUCAGACCCCAACAAGAGACACCUCGUGGCUGAGGUUUCCCGAAAAGCGCCCACCACGUACAACCCGGGUGGCCAUCCACGAAUAUGCGUGGUGGACUGCGGUUUGAAGUUCAACCAACUUCGCUGCUUCCUAAGUCGAGGUGCCAGGGUGGACGUCGUCCCCUGGGACCACCCCCUAGACGUCCACGAAUUCGAUGGGCUUUUUCUGAGCAAUGGACCCGGCGACCCCAGCAUGUGCGAGGCAACGAUCGAUCACAUCCGAUCGGUAUUGACAAGUGGUACAAAGAAACCCAUUUUUGGAAUAUGUCUGGGCCAUCAACUCCUCGCCCUGGCUGUAGGAUGUUCCAGCUACAAAAUGGCAUACGGGAAUCGAGGACACAAUCAGCCGGCUAUCCAUUGUGGAAGUGGGAGAUGUUACAUGACGUCUCAGAAUCACGGAUUCGCAAUCGAUGUCUCGACCUUGCCCGGUGACUGGGAGCCGUUGUUUACAAAUGCAAACGACAAGUCCAACGAGGGAAUCGUGCACUCCUCUUUGCCAUAUUUCUCCGUGCAAUUCCACCCUGAACACACGGCAGGUCCCCAGGACCUCGAAUGUCUCUUCGACAUCUUCUUGGAGACGGUAAAGGAGGAGACCAAGGGCCUCCAAAAUGGCCCAGUCAGAGAAAGGCUCCUUCAGACUUUGACUAGGAAUUAUUCGGUUCCUAAAGAAUUCGCACGUCCGAAAAAAGUCCUAAUUCUGGGCUCCGGAGGUCUCAGUAUAGGCCAGGCUGGGGAAUUCGACUAUUCUGGGUCUCAGGCCAUGAAGGCACUUCGCGAAGAUUGCAUUCAGACUCUCCUUAUAAACCCCAACAUCGCCACCGUGCAGACCUCGAAAGGCAUGGCAGAUAAAGUGUACUUCCUGCCCAUUACUCCCGAAUAUGUGGAACAGGUCAUACGCUCCGAAAGACCGGACGGGGUGCUGCUGACUUUCGGUGGGCAGACUGCUCUAAAUUGCGGAGUGGAAUUGGAGAAGAACGGUGUCUUCGCCAAGUACAAUGUUAAAAUCCUAGGAACACCAAUACAGUCGAUUAUUCAGACCGAGGAUAGAAAGAUGUUCACGGAGAGGAUAAGCGAAAUAAACGAGAAAGUCGCGCCGAGCGCCGCUGUCUACUCGAUCCAGCAGGCUCUAGAGGCUGCAGAAAAACUGGGAUACCCCGUGAUGGCGAGGGCAGCGUUCUCUCUAGGAGGUUUAGGGUCCGGUUUCGCGAACAGCAAGGAAGAGCUGAAGAUACUCGCCCAGCAAGCCUUGGCUCAUUCCAAUCAGCUGAUCAUCGACAAGUCUCUGAAGGGCUGGAAGGAAGUCGAGUACGAAGUGGUCAGAGAUGCGUACGACAACUGCAUAACAGUCUGCAACAUGGAGAACGUCGAUCCCCUUGGUAUCCACACAGGGGAGUCCAUCGUUGUUGCACCCAGCCAGACGUUGUCGAAUAGGGAGUACAACCUCUUAAGGACGACCGCUAUCAACGUUAUCAGACAUUUCGGUAUCGUGGGGGAGUGCAACAUCCAGUACGCCCUGAACCCCCUGUCGGAGGAGUACUUUAUAAUCGAGGUGAACGCCAGAUUGUCCAGAAGUUCCGCUUUGGCCAGCAAAGCGACCGGAUAUCCAUUGGCCUACGUGGCUGCUAAACUAGCUCUGGGCAUUCCUCUUCCGGAUAUCCGAAAUUCCGUCACCGGCGAAACAACCGCCUGCUUCGAGCCCAGCCUCGACUAUUGCGUCGUCAAGAUUCCCAGAUGGGACCUCAGCAAGUUCCAGCGAGUCAGCACCAAGAUCGGUAGCUCGAUGAAGAGCGUCGGCGAGGUCAUGGCCAUUGGCAGGAAGUUCGAGGAAGCCUUUCAGAAAGCUCUCAGAAUGGUGGACGAGAACGUGACCGGGUUCGACCCGUACGUCAAGUCCAUCAGCGACGAGGAACUCGAAAAGCCAACCGACAAGAGGAUGUUCGUCCUCGCGGCUUCCAUCAAGGCAGGAUACACGAUCGACAGGCUCUACGAAUUGACCAAGAUCGACCGCUGGUUCUUGGAGAAGAUGCGGAACAUCAUCAGCUAUUACGAGCUCCUGGAGAACCUCGACCAGACCAAGCUCUCUCACGAGGUUCUACUCGGCGCCAAGAGAAUCGGCUUUUCGGACAAGCAAAUAGCUGCUGCCGUGAAGAGCACCGAGCUCGCUGUUCGCAAACAACGGCAAGAAAAUCAGAUCCAGCCUUUUGUUAAACAGAUAGACACUGUCGCUGCGGAGUGGCCGGCUACGACCAACUAUCUGUAUCUGACCUACAAUGGCAUUUCUCACGAUCUCGAGUUCCCGGGAGGAUACACAAUCGUCAUAGGAUCUGGGGUAUAUCGAAUCGGCAGUUCCGUCGAAUUCGAUUGGUGUGCCGUGAGCUGCUUGCGAGAACUCAGACGUUUAGGUCGCAAGACUAUCAUGGUCAACUACAACCCUGAGACGGUCAGCACUGACUACGACAUGUGCGACCGCCUCUAUUUCGAGGAGAUAUCGUUCGAGGUGGUGAUGGACAUUUAUGACUACGAGAACCCCGAAGGAAUUAUCCUGUCGAUGGGUGGCCAGCUGCCUAACAACAUAGCCAUGGACCUCCACAGACAGCAAGCCAGAAUUUUGGGAACGUCCCCAGAGUCCGUAGACGGUGCUGAGAAUCGCUUCAAGUUCUCCAGAAUGCUGGACCGAAUCGGGAUAUCUCAACCCAGGUGGAAGGAGCUGACGAAUCUGAAGUCAGCCAUCGAAUUCUGCGAGGAAGUUGGGUAUCCAUGUCUGGUUCGACCAUCCUACGUCCUGAGUGGUGCGGCUAUGAACGUUGCUCAUUCGAACCACGAUCUGGAGUCCUACCUAAAAAACGCCAGCAAAGUCAGUAAGGAACAUCCCGUGGUGAUAUCCAAGUUCAUCCUGGAAGCCAAAGAGAUAGACGUGGAUGCCGUGGCCUAUGACGGAGUCAUCCUCUGCAUGGCAGUCUCGGAGCACGUGGAAAAUGCAGGAGUCCAUUCUGGAGACGCCACCCUCGUCACUCCUCCCCAAGAUAUCAACCCUCAGACCCUGAUAAAAAUCCGCACCAUCUCCAGAGCUAUCGCCGCAUCUCUGGAGGUCACUGGACCAUUUAAUAUGCAGCUGAUCGCGAAGGACAACGAAUUGAAAGUGAUCGAAUGCAACGUGAGGGUGUCCAGGUCGUUCCCCUUCGUCUCCAAGACCCUGGACCACGAUUUUGUGGCGAUGGCCACUCGGUUAAUCGUCGGGGAAACCGUGGAUCCUGUGGAUGUCCUGGCAGGAUGUGGAAAAGUCGGCGUGAAGGUCCCACAAUUUUCCUUCUCCCGGCUCGCAGGUGCAGAUGUAAUGUUGGGAGUGGAGAUGGCAUCGACCGGAGAGGUCGCGUGUUUUGGCGACAAUCGGUACGAGGCUUAUCUAAAGGGAAUGAUGAGCACCGGGUUCCACAUCCCGCAGAAAGGAAUUUUACUAUCCAUAGGUAGUUUCAAACACAAAAUGGAGCUGCUUCCUUCGAUAAGGAGUCUGCACAAGAUGGGGUACAAGCUGUACGCCAGCAUGGGCACCGCCGAUUUCUACACCGAACAUGGAGUCGAGGUGGAGCCUGUGCAAUGGACCUUCGAAAACAUCGACGUCAACGAGGACUCCAGCCCCAGCGAACUCCGCCAUCUUGCAGACUUCCUGUCGAAGAAACACUUCGAUUUGGUGAUCAAUUUGCCGAUGAGAAAUGGAGGAGCUCGUCGUGUCUCCAAUUUCAUGACCCAUGGCUACCGCACGAGAAGACUGGCAGUUGAUUAUUCGGUUCCUCUUGUCACUGACGUUAAAUGUGCCAAGCUUUUGGUCGAGGCCAUGAGGAUGCUGGGCGGAAAAGCUCCUCGCAUGAAGACUCACACCGACUGCAUGACCUCGAGGAGGAUGCUGAAGCUCCCAGGCUUCAUCGACGUGCACGUGCAUGCCCGAGACCCCGGAGCCGAGUACAAGGAAGACUUUGCAUCCUGCACAGCAGCUGCAUUAUCUGGAGGGAUUACGAUGAUCCUGGCGAUGCCCAACACGAAUCCAGCCGUGGUCGACCAUCAAUCGUUCGCCCUUGCGAAAGAGAAAGCAAUGGCCGGAGCUAGGUGCGAUUACGCGAUUUUCCUAGGGGCCUCUUCGGACAAUUACACCAUCAGCUCCGAAAUCGCUCCUCUCGCCGCGGGCUUGAAGAUGUACCUCAACGAGACCUUUACAACCCUUCGCCUGAGCGACCUCACUGUGUGGAUUAAGCACUUCGACAACUGGCCGAAGAAGUACCCCUUGUGUGUACAUGCCGAAGGCCAGACAACAGCUGCCGUGUUGUUGCUGGCCAGUUUGCACAAUAGGCCGAUUCAUGUCUGCCAUGUCGCAAGGAAGGAAGAAAUCCAGAUCAUCCGAGCUGCCAAAGAAAAGGGACUGUCCGUCACCUGCGAAGUCUGUCCCCACCAUCUUUUCCUUUGCCAGGAUGACCUCGAUCGCAUAGGUCAUGGUCCAGGUCAAGUGAGGCCGACUUUGGGAACUAAAGAGGAUCAGCAAGCUCUUUGGGAAAAUCUGGACUUAAUCGACUGCUUCGCCACCGACCAUGCUCCACAUAGUGUCCAGGAGAAAACGGGGGAGAAGCCGCCUCCCGGAUUUCCGGGGUUGGAGACAAUACUUCCGCUUUUGCUAAACGCCGUGCAUGAGGGAAAGCUCACCGUGGAGGACAUCGUGGAGAAGUUCUACAAAAAUCCGAAGCGCAUCUUCAACCUGCCCGAUCAGGCCAACACCUACGUCGAGGUCGACCUGGACGAAGUGUGGGUCAUCCCGGAAGCGAUGCGCUUUACAAAGUCGAAGUGGACGCCAUUUGCAGGGAUGAAGGUCCGAGGAUGCGUCCACAGAGUCGUCCUGAGAGGAGAGGUGGCCUACGUGGAGGGACAGGUCCUUGUCAAUCCAGGAUUUGGCCAGGACGUUCGCGAGUUGCAGGCUAAACUGAAGCAUCAGCCAGGAACUCACGUAAUGAACGUCGAAGUUAGCAGUCGACCAGGGUCGGCUCUGGAUGGACUCCUGUCCCCGAAUUUGGAGAAAAUCGCAGCUGGACCAAUAAAGGACCUCGACCGUCUCGCCGACGCCUUCGAUGGGCUCCUCAACGAACCAUAUGCCAACCUCCUUCAACCGGCGUACAAGUCGAACGUCCACUUUGCUCUUGAAAUGGACACCCGGGACCAUCACAAGGUCCUUGGAGGACUUCGCAGCUUGUCGCCUCUUCCAUUCACUGCUGGUAUUCGUCACAAAAGCGACAGCAACCCGAAUCUCUUCGUCCCUCCUGUUUCUACUAUCCCCCACAUCUCUACGAGUCAUGGACUGGCAGGACACCACAUCCUGUCCGUUGACAUGUUCUCCAAGGAGCAGCUCAACGACAUCUUCAACCUAGCCCAGACCUUCCGCAUCUACGUGAUAAAAGAAAGACCGCUGGACCACAUUCUGCGGGGAAAGGUGAUGGCGUCGAUCUUCUACGAGGUCAGCACCAGGACGUCCUGCAGCUUCUCUGCAGCCAUGCAGAGACUCGGUGGUCGCGUCAUUCACAUGGACGGCUCGACUUCUUCUGUGAAAAAGGGAGAAACCCUGGAAGAUUCCGUGGCGGUGAUGGCGGGCUACGCGGACGUUGUGGUCCUGAGGCACCCAGAGCCUGGUGCAGUCGCGAGAGCCUCCCAGCACUGUCGCAAGCCGUUGCUGAAUGCCGGAGACGGAGUAGGAGAGCAUCCCACCCAAGCGUUGCUGGACAUCUUCACGAUUCGAGAAGAAAUCGGCACAGUGAACGGCCUGACCAUCACCAUGGUCGGUGACUUGAAACAUGGGCGAACCGUCCAUUCUCUCGCCAGGUUGCUGACUCUCUACAAUGUUCAACUUUGUUACGUGAAUCCUCCUGGCCUGGGCAUGCCAGACCAUGUCGUGAAUUAUGUGGCUGAAAGGGGGAUUUCCCAGGAGAAAUUCGCCAGCCUGGAAGAUGUCCUUCCGAACACGGACGUCCUGUACAUGACGAGAAUACAACGCGAGCGAUUCGCAACGCAAGACGAGUACAUUAAGGUUUGCGGGCACUUCGUCGUCACGCCACAGCUGAUGACCAGGGCGAAGAGGAAAAUGGUGGUGAUGCACCCUCUCCCUCGAGUUUUCGAGAUUAGUCCAGAAUUUGACACGGACCCCAGAGCUGCAUAUUUUAGACAGGCAGAAUGUGGGGUUUACGUGAGAAUGGCAUUGCUUGCCAUGGUCCUUGGAAGGAGCUAGGCAAAUGGAAUUAGGAAUUAUGGGCUCGACGACUCGGGGACUCAAUUUUCGACCUCAUACGAUCAACGCGCGAUAUUGACCGCUUCGUAUACGACUUUUAAAUGUUGACCAAUGACGCGACCUUGCAACAAUGCAAAGAUUUUCAGGCGAAUGGAUUUGUAUGGGGAGGAAAUUUGUAUCAAGUCGAGAAUCGGGUCCGAGGACCCGCCCAUGUUUCCCUUCGAUAUUCCGCUAGUUAUCCUGUUCAAUGGACUCUGACUCCAGAACGAUUUCUGGGCGAUUCGACGACGCUAACUGACUGCUCCAAGUGGAGGCACAAAAUAGGCUGGAAAUUGCAUAAUUAUCUUACAAGAAACCCGUUACAGGGACGGCUGAGGUGCUUUCGUUCUCGACACUUGCGCAGCGCGCAGAGUCGGACGGUGUCCUAAUUUACCAAAUUAUUUUAAUAUUUGACGUGAUCUACUGCAAUAUUUUAUGCAAUCGACCGAGUGAAAAUUCACUCGUGACAAAAUUGUCAUGUCAACCAAGUGUUUGGCCGUGCAUGUAACAACCAUAUUCUAUAGUUAAAACAAGAAAAAUCCAAAUGAUUCGGUUCCAAUUAUUUGUUGUAUUACGCAGUGAGUAAACGGCUCGAUAGAUGUUCUUCCGGUGUACUCACUUUUGGCGUGAAUGUGGGAUUAAAAAAGGGCUCUAGGGAUCCGUAACUACCGUAAUGGCAUAAUUUACAGCCGAAGUACAUUUCCUACUACUCGCACUGCGCGAGGAAUAAACAGCUUAGCAAGCAUUAAA